GCUGGAGAGAGGAAAGGCUCGGGACCUGUUGAUACCACAGCAAUGACUUGUAGCACUUACAGAGCGGAUUGUACACUGGAUUUCUGGAGUUGAUGACAGUUAUUUAUUGGUUAAAGUUUGGUUUUUCGUCUGGUGCCUAAAUGCUGUCACUGGGCAAAAUGCACUCCAGAGCAAAGUCCCGGAGUUGUGACAACUACCUGAGUAUUAAGCAAAUGCGAACAUACCAAACUACAGGGAUGUACAUGGUAACCAUAGACACUGAGUCUUUGGACAGCUGUAUCCAGAGCACCUUGUCGGCCCUGUACCGCCCCUUCAGUGCCACCGCUGCCACGGUCCUGUGGCAGCUCUUCAGUGUGGUGGAAAGGCAGUACCGAGGAGACGGCCUCCGCUGCCUCAUCGACUUCCUGCUUCCUGGCAAGAGAAUCCUGCAGAUCAUCCAACAAGAAACCUGUGUGAAGUUUAGAGGAUUGCUGUUCUACCAUGAGGGGUGGCCUCUCUGCAUCAAAGAGAAAGUCGUCCUGCAGCUCGCCCCUCUGCACAAAGUGCGCCUAAAGCAAGGAGACUUCUACCUACAGAUUGUCCCUUUAGGCCGCAAGACUGCAAAGCUCGUAAUAAAAUGUCUGUCGGUCAGUGGGCAGGCCAUCACAGAGGUCACCGUCGCAGAGAGCAUGUAUGGCAGUGUGUUCACAGCUGAGUUCUUGCAGAAUGUAACACGUGACCGUAACCUGCACCCACUACAGAACUGUCUGCUUACCACUGGUACGGCUGUGUACAGGACGCCGUGGAAGAACGUGGUCAACCCACUGUUUGUCAGCAGCACGGCGGACGCCAUCAUGCAAGCACGCUGCAGCAGAGGUGGCUUCCGCGGCCAUCUCAGCACCUGCAGCACCAGCGGAUCCACAGGGACUCUCGACAGCCACCGCAGCUCCAGAGAGUCUCUGCACUCUCAGGGAGCUGACUCCAUCUUCUCUGAGCCCACCUCCCCAAACAAACACCAUUUGGACCCCAGCAGUGAGAACCACAGUGUCGGUUCACCAGACACGGCUACACCUAUCAUUGAAAUUGAAAGGUCCACUGAAGAGUGUGGAAUAGGAAGUGAGGAUAGUGGCGGGAGAGAGAGAGGGCCAGGGUCCAAGAUGCUAUCUUUCACUACGGACCUCAGUAACCCCGGACCUCGACGACGCCUACCAAGGGACUCUGUUGCAUUUGAGAGCAGGAGACUUUUCAGGAAAUCUUACAUGGAGGCCCUGCAGAACCCCAUGAGCCUCGGGUCAAGCUCUGAAUUCAUUCUGGAGGAAAGCCCAGAGCAUGGUGCUGGUCUAAGAGAGAGCUCAGUGACACCAGGGAGCAGCCCCGACAUACGGUCUCCCUCUAGAGAACAUUUAUCUCGGAGGUUGGGUAGCCGGAGCUGGCUCAGCGGUGAUGACUCCAGAACCAGCACACCUUUACUUUACUUACAGAGGGGGUUGAGGAGCGCAGAGAGACGCGCAGAAAGACGCUCAAAGUCACUGGAGAGGACUAACAAGGCGAUCCAGGUUAAAGGUCACAGGGAACGAUCUUCUUCUGGAGGCUCAGCGAGCACCUCCCCAAAAAAGCUUAUAAAUGGCUACGCUCUUCGUUUUGGGAAGCUCGAUGUGGAGGCUGCUUUUUCUGGCUCUGAGAAGAGGACCAGCAAAGAGGAGUCAGGACAGCGCGAUGACACCAUCAGCAGUGAGAGCAGACGGCACAGGCACAGUGGAGAAGAUUCGUACAGCCCAAAAGCUGCCAAUGGGCCGGCCAUCCGACCGGCUUCGGCAUCAGGCUCCUCCAAUGAGAGCGACUCAGCCCGCCCCAAACUGGUGUCGGAGGUCAAUGAAAAGCUGCUCGUAUCGGGUGCUGUGAUCCUGCCAGGAAACAGAGAUCGCAGUGGGAGGGCAGUGCUGCAGGUGUGCACACGAGCUCAGGUGUGGGCAGGUGAAAGUUGCACGGUCAAAGACCUCACCUGUUUAUUGGGCUACUACUAUUCCACGCUGCGGAAGGAAAGGCGUGAUCAAGGCUUAACUGUUGUAAUAGACAGCAGGAGGCAGCAGCCGGUUCCAGCUCUGAUGUCAUCUCUGUCUGAGUUGCAGGCGUCAGCACCAAAUGCACUUUACACUGUUCUCUUCCUGGUGGACAAGGAGACAGCAGCCAAACCUGAGAGAGACAUCGAUGUACAGACUGAAACAAUGUCCUCUCUGAAAGCCCUGCUGAAGCACAUCGACCAAACCCAGCUCACACAACACUUGGAGGGCACCUUCCACUACGACCACAGCCACUGGAUCCACUUCAGACAGAAAAUUGACUCAUUUGCAAGCAGUUGUAGUGCAUCCAUCUCCUCCCUCCAGGAGUCUAUCAGCACACUGAGCGGCAGUGGCAACCUGACGACCUCGAAGGAGGUGUCUGAGGUUUUGGAACAGCAGAGGCAUCUCAUGAAGUGUGUGUUAGAGGACACCCGUCUAAACAGACUGCGUCUAGAAGGAGGAACUGUCCUCGCACGCAUCAGGAAGGAAGAAGCCUGUGAAAAUGAAAACUACAGAGAUGCUGUCGACAUGUUGAAUGCACUGUACAACCAAGUAGAUGAAGAGGUCCAUAAGCUUGUGAUCCUCUCAAACAAGUCUCAGAAACAGUUGGAGGGCCUGCUGGAGGUGCGCACGUUUGAGGAGCAAACGCAAAAGAUCAAACUCUGGUUCAGUGUCGAAGGAGAGAAGCAGCUCACACCGUUGGAAUCGCUAACGCUGUCCGUGGCCAAAGUUAAGGAGAUGCGGGAGACCUUGGACCAGUUUCUUGAGGAGACGGUGCACAAGCAGAGGCUCGCCCUGCAGCUGGUGAAGGAGGCUCCCGAGUCCCUUCCAGGUUCGGUUCUCCUUGACUUUGAGCAGCAUCUGGGCUCCAUCUUAAGCCGAGUGGAGAGGAGGAAGGCCCAGCUAGACAUCCUAACCAACCUGAAUGAAUUCUAUGACUCAGCAAACCAGUGGAUGGAGCACUGCCAGGAUUAUUUUGGACACCUGAGUCUCGACUCUUCAGAUGUUGAACUUUUGCCAUCUGUGGUGCAGAUCCUGCAGGAUUACUACACCGAGGCAUCCAAGUUCUCCAUGGACAACUUCAGCAGUCUCAACAACAUGGUGCUCUCCCUGGAGAGCCCUCAGCAGCUGCAGCAGUGGAACACAGUGUGGCACAAAUGCCAGCAAACCAAACAGCAGUUGGAAGAGAGGUUGGCCCGAGCCAGGACAGCAGCCCCUGACUUCACUGUUGACACGGUGGCUUCUUUAAAGAUUUCUGAAAGCCAGACGACCACUACAGAACAGCGUGGAGCGAAAGCCUGUGUGCUUUUACCUGUGCUAAUUCCACCGUUUGAGGACAACAAGCCUCACUCUGCUGGGCCUUUCUCCAAGAGCCCAACCAGUUCAAUUUCCUCUUCCUCACACUUCCCGUUCUCCCCCGAAUGCGACAGCAAACUGAGACAGAGUCCAUCCAUUUUUGACGACACAGACAGCGACUGCACCAUCGACUCGACCAUAUCGUGUCACUCGGAGCCCGUCUACUCCGGUGCAGCCCGCCUCCGCAAGCAGCCGAUGAAGAAGAUCAUGAAGAAGACCAUGAGCUUUGAGCUGACCCCGAGGGACAGUGGUCACUCAGACGUCAGCCACAUCCAUGGCUACACGGGUGUGUACAUCAAGGGCUUGGAGGUGGCUAAUAACGUGUCUGCAGAGAAGAAGCUGCAGAGACCUGACAUAUUGAGCCCUGCAUUCGGACGCAGCCGCAGCAUGUCGUCGCCCUCCAGGAUCCACAGCAGACACAGUGACGGAGAGGGCAAGAAACAUAGCAGUAAAGUACAGCACAUAAUGGAUGAGAUGAUCUCCACAGAGAGUGAGUAUGUUCGCUCUCUCAGCUACAUCAUUGAGCACUAUUUUGCCGAGAUGGAGCGCCCGGACUUGCCGCAGGACCUGCGGGGGAAGCGCAGCAUCAUUUUUGGGAAUGUUGAGAAACUGUGGGACUUCCACAGUCAAUAUUUCCUGAAAGAGCUGGAGUCAUGCGCCCACUCCCCGCUGUCCAUCAGUAGCUGUUUUCUCAGACACGAGGAUCAGUUUGGAAUGUAUGCUCUGUACAGCAAGAAUAAGCCGCAGUCCGACGAACUGCUCAGCAGCCAUGGGAACGAAUUCUUUAAGAAUAAGCAGCUGGAGCUCGGAGACAAGAUGGACUUGGCGUCCUACUUGCUGAAGCCCAUCCAGAGGAUGAGUAAAUACGCGCUGUUGCUGAAAGACCUGAUCAAGGAGUGCGGUCAGUCCCAGGAGCAGGAGCUAAGCGACCUCCGCACCGCAGAGGAGAUGGUCAAGUUUCAGCUUCGCCAUGGCAACGACCUGCUGGCUAUGGAUGCCAUUCGGGGCUGUGAUGUGAACCUAAAGGAGCAGGGUCACCUCCGCUGCCAGGAUGAAUUCAUAGUCUGGUGCGGACGGAGGAAAUACCUUCGCCACGUCUUCUUGUUUGAAGACCUCAUCCUCUUCAGCAAGACCAAGAAGAUCGAAGGAGGAUAUGACUUUUAUAUCUACAAACAGUCCUUCAAAACAGCAGAAAUAGGUAUGACUGAAAAUGUUGGCGACAGCGGCCUACGCUUUGAGAUCUGGUUCCGUCGGAGGAAGUCACAGGACACGUUUAUACUCCAAGCCAGCUCCGCCGAGGUCAAGGCUGUCUGGACAGCUAUCAUAGGGAAGAUUCUGUGGAGGCAGGCGCUCAGAAACAGAGAGUUGCGCAUACAGGAGAUGGUGUCCAUGGGGAUUGGAAGCAAGCCUUUUAUGGACAUAAAGCCAAGUGAUGCAGCUAUCAGUGACAGAGCCAUUGACUAUAUCAUGAAAGGGACAGAGGCCCGCACCAGGGCAUCCAUUGCGGUGUCUUCGUUUGAUCACUCCACUUCGUUCAAGAGACCUCACUCCACAAUCUCCAACAGCAGCACCUCCUCCUCCAGCAGCCAAUCCUCCUCCUCCCUUCUGGGCUCGCUCAAUCUUCAUCUUUACUCCUCCCCCUCUCACCCCUACUUAGUGACCAGUGUUCCCUCCUUUGCCCAGUGGCCCUACGACUGCAUCGAGGAAGAUGAGCUGGAGCAGGACUCCGGGAGCCAGCCCUCCAUGAUCACUGAGAGCUCAGAGACGUCCUCCCAGUGCACCUCCAGUGACAGUGUAACAGGCCUGAGUACCCUCACGAUACCCGGGCACCCCAGCAGCGUCAUGGACUCCUACAACAACAACAACAACAACGAGCCCCCCACUUUCCUGUGCUCCUCCACCACUUCCUCCUCCAUCGCAUCCCCCUCGAUAUUCCAGAAAGAGGAAGAGCUCCAACCCCAGGGCACCAAGUUCAUCACAGCAAGCGAGGCCUCUCAUAUAGCGGUAGGCCUCUCUACUGUGGUGUGACUCAGAGCUGAGGGAUUUCAGCUCAGUAACUGUGAAUUCCUGAAGCUGAAUGAAGCCGCAGUGGUUUGUAUCUCAGGACAAGGAGAUGACAAUAAGAGGAGUCCAGCUUCGCAGCACUAAGACUUUAAUGGAUGAAGCUCAACUAUUAUAUGACGUUUCAUUAUGAUACUGGAAAUUGACACAUAAUUGACACUGCCAUGAUGGUACGUCAGAGGUCUGUACAUUUGUUUUAAUGAGUUAGAUAUCAAUCUGUGUUUAUACUGUAGAUUAGUUUUUUUAUGUAUUUUAAAUACAAACAAAAAAUAGCAGGCAGAUCUAUCCAGACGUUAUCUUUCCUUUGUUGCCAGUUUUCUGUUCUGUCAAACUUGUACAGGUGAUUAAAAUGUUCAAAACACA